GUCGCCUUUCCUCACGGAAGUCGGCUUUUUUGACGCAUAGGAGUGAGGCACUCUGGGGUUGUGGGAGGAAGAUGGCGGGGAAGAAGAAUGUUCUGUCGUCUCUGGCAGUUUACGCGGAAGAUUCAGAGCCCGAGUCCGACGGCGAGGCUGGGGUCGAAACGGCGGGCGGCGCGCCUGAGGAGAAAGGUGGAUUAGUAUCUGAUGCCUAUGGAGAGGAUGACUUUUCUCGGCUCGGAGGUGAUGAAGAUGGUUAUGAAGAAGAAGAGGAUGAGAACAGCAAACAGUCGGAAGAUGACGAUUCAGAGACUGAAAAACCUGAGGCUGAUGACCCAAAGGAUAACCCAGAAGUAGAAAAGCGAGAUCCUCAGGAAUUAGUUGCCUCCUUUUCUGAAAGAGUCCGGAACAUGUCACCCGAUGAAAUCAAGAUCCCGCCCGAGCCCCCUGGCAGGUGUUCGAACCACUUACAAGACAAGAUCCAGAAGCUUUAUGAGCGGAAGAUAAAGGAAGGAAUGGAUAUGAACUACAUUAUCCAAAGGAAAAAAGAAUUUCGGAACCCCAGCAUCUACGAGAAGCUGAUCCAGUUCUGUGCAAUUGAUGAGCUGGGCACCAACUACCCGAAGGAUAUGUUUGACCCCCACGGCUGGUCUGAGGACUCCUACUAUGAGGCAUUAGCUAAAGCCCAGAAGAUUGAAAUGGACAAAUUGGAAAAGGCCAAAAAGGAACGAACCAAAAUCGAGUUUGUGACGGGCACCAAGAAAGGUACCACGACGAACGCCGCAGCCACGACCACCAGCACGGCCAGCACAGCGGUGGCAGAUGCCCAAAAGAGGAAGAGCAAGUGGGACUCGGCCAUCCCAGUGACGACGAUAGCCCAGCCCACCAUCCUCACCACCACGGCCACCCUGCCCGCCGUCGUCACGGUGACCACCAGUGCCAGUGGCUCCAAGACCACGGUCAUCUCCGCCGUGGGCACCAUCGUGAAAAAGGCCAAGCAGUGACCCGAGGGCCCAGCUUGGGGUGGCUCGGACAUUCUCCGAGGGGAGCUGCCGCUCCAGGACCCGAGGAGACUGUGCAACCCGGCGACUGACGUCGGUGCCCAGGUGCCGCCUUGUUGACUUCAGGACUGGGAUCUGCUCCCAGAUGCCACCCCCCGAGAAGCCUCUGUGCGGCAGCCCAGCCAGGAAGGGGACAUUGGCACAGAGGAGGCGGCCGCUGUGGACAGUGUCCACACACCACUCGGAGUCCGGUGCCCUCUCAGAAGCGCCAUAUUCUCACAUCUCAGGCCUCUUGGCUGCACGGGCCUCUUCUGUAGUCAGUUUUGAGGCCCAAGUGGAAGUUCCGAGUGCUCUCUCCAGCUCCUCUUGUUGGGGUGGCUACCUCAGGGUUGGUGGUAGAGCGGCCGAAGCCCGCGGCACUAGUCCGUGGGGGUGGCCCAGGAAGUUGCCGUGGUCAUUCCCAGCGUCUGCCUCUCGGCGCGGGCAGGCGGGAGUCCAGGGG